AUGGCCGACUUCGACAACUUCGAUGGUGUCGAAACUCAGGAUGAGUUGGAAAUUAUCAAACAUCACGUCAAUUUUGAACCUCCAUCUCCUCGGCCUGGUCAGGAAUGGCUAAGCUAUCCAGAGUUGCCUACUAGCCGCGAUCUUAAUCCCGACUGGGACGACCCUCAGCAGUUCGCAGAGAUCUGCCAUCUCUUGCCAAACACCUGGGAAGUACCCUGGAAGAGCAAGAAUACUUACCUAGAGACCCACUAUCGCCUCCAGAGAGAGGAGGCCAUUACUAUGCUGCGGCAUUCCAUCGACAAAUUCAAGAAGGAUCUAUCUAUGAAAGAUGAUCAAGAAACGUGUAUUUACACCAAAGUCUUCGUCAGAGGAUAUCUUAUGACUCGCCUCGGCCCUAUGUGCCAAGUUCAAUUCUCCGCAAAGAGAUCCGGCAAGAAGAUUCGUUGGGCUCAAUCCCACCGCCUCACUGUGGGAACUCUCGUAGCAAUUUCGACGGCGAAAGAUUGUUUUUCUACUAUCUGUAUGCCCGCGAUCAUCUCCGACCGUCGUAUCCGAGAUGGCCUCGACCAGAAUCCGCCGACGGUCCACUUCCAAUGGGCUAACCUCGACGACGCCGUUAUUGAUCCCGAUGAGGAACUCGUAAUGAUCGAGACUCGCUUUGGUUACUUCGAGGCUGUCCGCCACAGCAUGGUCGGCCUCCAACAUGUCGCCAACACCGAUACUCCGCUGGACAAAUACCUGGUCCAGGCGGAUAAAUGUGAUCUUACCGCACAAUAUGUCGAAGAAGAUCCCGAAAUGGACAUUCGCUCAUUGGUCCACCACGUCCCGGACGCUUCCUCCAUGACUGCUGCCCAAGUAGAAGAGGCGAGGGCGAAGGUCCGCGAGUCUGUUAAGAGCUAUUCCAUCGUUGAUGGUUUCGACAAUCAGCUCUCACGGUAUACCAAUUUGGACAACUCCCAACUUAGCGCUGUACAUCGCAUCCUCACCAAAGAGCUUGCCAUUGUCCAGGGUCCUCCGGGAACCGGAAAGACAUUUACUUCGGUGCAGGCUCUACAGAUUCUCCUCGAAAGCCAGAAGAGGGGUAGCAAUGUCAUCAUUGUCGCGGCCCAGACGAACCACGCUGUCGAUCAAAUCCUGCUCCAAUUGAUCAGGCUUGGAUUUAAGGCAGUCCGGCUCGGCGGUCGCACUCAGAAUGAGGAAAUCAAACGCUACAGUAUGUACAACCUUCGCCGACGUAUUGGUGCUUCGUGGAACCAGAGAGCAGAUCGGGACUUCAAGACUUUCGAAUCUGCCCGCAAGAAGAACGUCACAACGCUAGAACAAGCUAUAGAUGACAUUUUCCCUGGUGAUCUAAUCAACCCCGAAAUUCUUAAAUCGAUGGGUAUUAUAUCUCAGAGUCAGCUUGAGUCACUCCGAGAUGACCUAGAUUGGAUCGACGCGUCAUCGCUAACAGACCAGACUGAGCUUUCAUUGACGGAGUGGCUGGGGGACCAGAUCAUACAGGCGGUGCGAAAGGAAGAGAAGGACCCCGAUUUUGAAGCUACCGAAGAAGAUGAAGAAAGCUUGUAUUUGGAUGGAGAAGAGAACGACGUGGACCUGGAUGAUUGUAUUGUCGACGAGGAUGAAGCGGGUGGUCGGGUAGAUGGCAAAUUUUUGCCAAUCGGACAUAUAUUAACAGGCGCAAACCCUCAAAACCACACCGAAGGCGACGCCAUCAUAGAUUACGAGCUUCAAAAGUCAAAUCUUUGGGAUAUUGAGCCUAAGUAUCGCGGUGCAGUAUACCAGUAUUGGCAGAGACAACUGUUAUCGUCAUAUCGCAAGUCGGUUUGCCACAUCCUCGCCGAUAAUACACGCAUCGCCAAGAACCUCAAGGUGAACCGCUGGUACAAAGACACCAAAUGCAUCAAAUCCCAGAGGGUCGAAAUUAUCGGGUGCACUACCACAGGUCUCUGCAAGUAUCGAGGUUUGCUAGCAGCUCUGCAGCCACGAACCAUGUUGAUCGAGGAGGCUGCCGAAACUCGCGAAGCCAACAUUCUUUCGGCUCUAUACGGGUCGCUCCAGCAGCUCAUCCUCGUUGGUGAUCAUCAGCAACUAGCUCCGCAUUGCGAUACACCCGACCUAGCGAAGGCCCCGUACUACAUGCGAGUGUCCAUGUUCGAACGUCUCGUCCAUCUCAAGAUGCCCUUUACCUUCCUGAACAUGCAGCGCAGAAUGAUCCCCGAGCUGCGUGAAUUGUUGAAUCCCUUCUAUCCUUCUUUACAGGACCAUCCCGUGGUAAUCAAGAAAGACUCUCGCCCUCCCAUUCCUGGUAUGCAGUUCCCUUCCUUCUUCUUCCACCAUCAUUGGACCGAUAGCCUAGACGAGAAUAUGAGCCGGUACAAUAUCUUGGAAGCGGAAAUGAUAGUUCAGUUCAUCAACUAUCUUUUACAGAACGGAGUUCCUGCAAGUCAAAUCACGGUUUUGACAUUUUACCGGGGACAGAAGAAGAAAAUCCAGGCCCAAAUCAAAAGCAAAUUAAAGCAAUGGGCGCCCUUCACGAACGUUUUCACGGUAGAUUCUUACCAAGGAGAGGAGAAUGAUAUUGUCAUCCUUUCGCUAGUAAGAAGUCAAGGUAAAGAUGGACCACACAGAGCCGGCUUCCUCCAGGACCCGAAUCGCGGUGUCGUUUCUAUUAGCCGUGCCCGAUGCGGUUUCUAUAUUUUCGGCAAUAUGGAUAAUUUACUGUAUGCCAGCGACGAAUCGUACGAAAUGUGGGGACCGGUACAAGAAGUCUUCCUCCGACAGGGACGCUUCGGUGGUGAUCAACGUCUACCAAUCUCGUGUCAGAACCAUGGAAAGACGACAUGGAUGUCGCACCCAGAAGAAUGGAUUAACUGCCACGGCGGCUGUGACCAGAAGUGUCCAGAAACAUUAAGCUGCCGCCAUGCAUGCAAGCUUCAAUGCCACUGGAUAUCUCAUGAUAGACUCAUCUGCCGCGAGCCGUGCGAACGACCAAUCCCCUGUGGCCAUCGAUGCCAACAGGUCUGUGGCGAGAAGUGCGAAUGUAACUGUCCGGAUUUUCGUGGCGCAUAUCCCCACGACGAGUUCCAAGAUGAAGAAACGGCACUUGGGAGCGACGAGAUCACUCUGAAUUAUGACCAAAAUCGGGUUGCACCAUUCGUAGACCGAACUCGAUACCGUGGAGAUUCAGCAAUGAGCAGUAGGGGCGGCCGAAGGGGUUCCGGUAGAUUGCCACGGAACUAUAGACCCGGAUUUGGGUAUGGUGAUGGGGUGACUAGAGAGCCCACUCAAAGUUCUACAGGUUCAAAUUUUGUGUAUUCGGGUAACGGCCUAAGUUAUGCCUGGGCUACCUUCAAUGCUCGCUUGGACGACGCGCAGAAGUUAAUGGAUGCCCAGGCACAGGCAGCUCCAAUGAAAAGUCCGGGCCAGGUUCGCAGCAGAACGGCUCUAGAGAUACAGGACACCUUUCGACCUGUUACACUAGAUCACGGAAUGCGUAACAUUGGGCAGAGCUCCACUUCAAAGGCAGUGUCGCCGCCCAAGGAAGACGACAACCUUAACCUCGCCGAUAAGACAGAUAUAGGAAAGGUGGCUCUAGCAACGCGUUCGCUUGCUAUUAGUCACGAUUCCGUAGGAACGAGGGGCCCUGAGGACGCUACGAGGAAUGCUGGUUAUAGUUUUGUAUCCCAUACUCUAACCGAACAUGGUCGAGGCGUUCCCGGACACUCGGGUUCCCUAAGACUUAACGAAACCACGACAGCGACUUCAUCGCUAGAUGCAGGACUGCAUACGACCGCGUCUAGUUUGAUAUCUCAACCGCGUUCUCCAAUCGCCGCGUAUGACCACGCCCCGGAAGCACGCCCAGCUAAUGGGCCGGAAUGGGAACUUGCGAGUACGGUCAGUGGAACCUACGCCAUGAAUGAAGACGAUGAGGUCCGAAAAGCCGACAAGGUUAAUAUCAAGGCCGACAAUGAUAAGGGACAGGACGACUUAAUGAGCUUCGAGUAG